UGCUCCCUUUAACGUGGCAACAUGAAUUUAUUUGACGAAAUCAGCCUAACUAAUUAAGAUAAAAAUAAACUCCCAAGAAAAUACCGACCCCCAUUUUCUCCCACAAAAAUCUCUUCUCCCCUGCCUUUCUUUUCCUUCCAAACUCACUUUCUCAUGCAGUAAUCAAAAUCAGAGAUUUUUGCAUAUCUGUCGCACCUUUCUCUUUUAUCUGCAUUUUCUUUUCUCAUUGCACAAGGUUCAUCUCCUAUAGAAGAUCAACAUGGCAAACGCUGCUUCUGGAAUGGCUGUGCAUGAUGAUUGUAAGCUCAAGUUCUUAGAACUAAAAGCGAAGAGAAAUUUCCGAUUUAUUGUGUUCAAGAUCGAGGAGAAGAUACAACAGGUGAUUGUAGAGAAGCUUGGAGGUCCUGAUGAAAGCUACGAUGAUUUCAGUGCCUCCAUGCCUGCCGAUGAGUGCCGCUAUGCCGUCUAUGAUUUUGAUUUUACAACCAAUGAGAACUGCCAGAAAAGCAAAAUAUUCUUCAUUGCAUGGGCACCCGAUACAUCAAGGGUGAGAAGUAAGAUGCUUUAUGCAAGCUCCAAGGACAGAUUCAAGAGGGAGUUGGAAGGCAUUCAAGUGGAGUUGCAGGCAACAGAUCCUAGUGAGAUGAGCUUGGAUAUCAUAAAAGGGCGGGCACUCUAAACAUUCCUGUAGAGCAUUGGUCCAUCACUUCGUCAUAUGAUCUGUCUUUCAAUUUUCCUAGUCGUGUGAGUUAUUUUAAAUUAAUUACUUUAUUUUCAGAUCAGCUGUUUAUUCAGAUCUAAAACUUAAUUUGAUUGAUACAUUGCUUUGCUGUAUUGGUGUAUGUCAGAGUUUAUUAUGUUCUCUUAACAAAGGAUAAUAUCACUUAA